GACAGGACAGAAAUAAACAGACAGCGACCCAGGAAGUGAAACCAACCUGAAACUGGAACAGAGAAACAAAGUAAAAAAAAAUCAACCACAACAACACUCAGAAAGCCCCUUUAAUCUGUGAAAGCCUGCUCAGAAGUGAAAACCGAUCUCCAAUCAGUCAACAGCAAAGCAAACACACUCCACUUUGUUCAAAUAUUUGACCGGCCCGGGAGCAUCUGAUACGCAGCAGGCCCUUCUCAGAGCACUCCUCCUGGGCAGACGCAGAGCACAUCCUGCUGUCAAGGAUGCAGCUUCUGGGUGUGUUUGAAUGUCACUGAUAUGAGCGCCUGGCAGACGGUUCCUCUCCCAACAUGCCUGCAGCGAUGCGCCUCGCUGUCCUGCUUUGCCUCCUCAUAGUGACGCUCUGCAACGUCACCACCGUGUUCUCUGAAGCUACAAAUGUUACAUCGACAACCACAAGUGCUUCACAUGCAGCUUUGAGCUCAGCAACGUCCUCCACAGCGAAAACCACCACCGUCGCACCACAGUCCCAAACGUCAACGCAGAUUACCGCCGACGUAGCUUUGACUUCACCACAGACACCCACAGAGGAGAAAACCCAUCCAAGCAACACUCCCCUGAACACGACGAUCAGCCAAACAUUCGACGUGUCGGUUACACAGUCGGAGACCGUCCCAUCGACGUCCGCGUCGCUAAAUGUCACCUCUGGUACCACGGUAAACGCAACCAGUCCAGCUCUUUCAGACAACAAAGGAAAUUACAACUUGGCCUCAAACCCUGGCCUUGUGGCCGUCAUCUGCAUCUUUUCUAUUGUCCUCGGCCUCUUGCUGGUGGUUAUAAUGGUGAAAUGUGUCACCUCAUCAAGGUCCAAAUUUGAGAGGCUCGAAGACGUGCCCAUGGGCAAAGUGAACGAAGCCUCUCCCUUCGCUCAGUACUCAAAAUGACAGAUCACGCUUCACUGCACAACAAAGACGCGGAGGAGCCUGGUCUGCGGUUGGACUCUAAUGUUUCCAGGCUGUAAAACCACGUUAAUAUUGUCCACACCGGUCAGAAGUGACUCCGAGUUUAAACAUGUAAUUGUACACUGCACUUUUUGUCAUUGCUGAUGAAACGUUCCUAGAUCAGCUUUGACCUGGUUUCCUGCCUGCUGGUAAUUCAAUUGAUUCAGAUGGUGACUCGUAAUCAAAUAACUCUCGCCUUGCUCCCAGUUCUUUCUUUUGAGAAGAGAUUUGUCCCGAAAGGUAAAAACAGGGAAGCGCUUUCUUAAAAUCUGCAGCUGUGUGAGUCUGGAAAGUUGGAAAAAUAAUGUGGCCUAAAUGGAUAACAGCCUUUGGGAGUAACAAAAAUGUUCCCAUAUCUUUAUACAAUCUAUACGAUUUUGCUUUUGUUUCAAUGUAACCAAAAACUUUAAUGUAUUUUACUGGGAUUUUAUCUGAUAGACCAACAAAGACUAGCAUCUACAUUUUGAUGAGGUAAAUUUGAUACAUUUUCAUAUUUUACUAAAGAAAGUCUAAAGAGAGUAGCCUAAGGGAUUUCUAUAGCCUCUAACAGGUUUUCCUCCAGGGUUGCCUUGUGUUUUGUCAUAUUAACUCUCAUCAUCUCCCUGAAUUGUGCUGGAAACAAACAUGCCCGCUGCAUGAUGUGGCCACCACGUGUCACUAUUGAAUAAUAGCUUCAGGAUGCUGUGCAGCGUUAGUUUCCCCCCUACACACAGCACUUUGCAUGUAGACCAAAAAGUCCAAACUUGGUCUCAUAUGGUCCUGAGCACAUUCUUUCACUGAAUCCCCACCAUGACUUUUGAUCUACUGCUGUCGACAGAUUCUUUCACCUGAGUGAUGGCUCUCUGCAGUUCCCCCGGAGUUACUAUAGGCCUCUAGAAAAUCCUGUAUUGUUGUCCUUCUCCUUCAGUCAUGUGCCACGCUGUUUGUCUGUCACAUAAGAUCCCAAUAAAUAAACAUUGAAGUUUGUGGUUUUUCGAAUAGAAAAUUAUGUAGUGUGUCUUGUGAGUGUUCAAAGGCAAAAAAGUUGUUCCAGUUAAGACCAAGAAAGAAUAAAGAUGUUAGUUUUUCCAGUUCAUUCAAAUCAAGACCUGUUCUUUUAGACAGCAAAAAAAACAAACUCUAAUUUCAAUCUGCUGACAGUGGUACUCACAGCAAAAAGCUACAAUGUGAUGCAUUAGCUAAUGUGUUUUUUGGAAGAGGAAUAUCUGAAUAAACCCAAUCAAGUAUAAUUCGUACCUUCUGUCUUUUCGAAAUAACCAAGAAAACGUUUAAAAGAAAAGCUUUAAAUCCUGCUUUGCAGCAACAAAUUCUAAUGGCUUCGCCUUUAAACUCAGAUGGUUUCUGUCUCUAUUUUCCAUCUCAAAAUAAAUCUAAUUUAACGUCUAUUAGGAUUUAUUAUUGGCAUACUGUGUGCAGUAUGUUGCUGCUAUAGUGCUGAUUCGCAUGACUAAUGAAUUUAAAAAAAGUAGUUUGCAGCUGUGCAACAUCUGUCAUUCUGGGAUUUCAAUAAAUCUGUUAAAUGUGUGAACAAUCA